AUGACGAAUAGCAAUACGUUUGAUCUCCUGAUCAACGCUCCCACGUCCGCGGACCUCUUGUUGAACCUGAAAGACCUGAAGAAUGGUGUCAUUGGGAAUACAUGGAAGAAAGUGGAAGUAGCUGAGGAUGAACGAUUGCUUUCGUUCUUGCUCACAUUACUCGAAUACCCUUCUUCGUCGAAAGAUAUUGAUCUGACUACAGCUUUCGAGCUCAUGAGCGAGACGGCUGUGAUCAUCGGAGCUCUAGCGAAUGUCGGUAAUCUUACCCUUAAGCCGCUGUUGAUGUCGUCAACCCCUUCUUCGCUUUUAACCUUGGUCACUUCCCUUACACGCCCUUCUCCCGAAACAUCCCCCGACCCCGGAAGACAGCUCGAGAAGAUCCUACCUCAUCUGCUGCGAGCUUUGCGGAAUAUCCUCGUCUCCACUGCAGAUAUGAUCUGGGGUCACAUGUGGGGCGUUGGAGCUGAAAGGAAGGUCGUAGGCACCGGGUUAGUAGGAGUAGACAUCAUGACUGAGCGUGAUGUCGGUGGAAAAGGUAAAGCGGUCGCAGGGAAAGGUGAUAGAUGGAGAGGAGAGGCAUCUAGAACUCUAAGCUCCAUAUUUGAGCCCGAUAACUUAUCAACGUUGUUGUCACUUCUUGAGACUCAUCCAGACCCUCAGUUUCUCUUACCUCUUUAUCAACUUUUCUCACGACUGAUCGCUCUUCCGUCACAUCGAGAGGCCUUGGCAGUUUUCGUGCCGACACCUGAUCCAGGCCCAUCCGCUUCAAAGUCUACGUCUCAGUCAUCAUCAAGUGUAAUCCCUUUUAUCAUCAAUCAUCUUUUGUCCACCAUAUUGUCUUUGACACCUUCACCAGGUACCUAUUAUUCCACCCGCAAACCAAAUCCGAAACUCAUCGAAGCUGCCCUUGAUCUUUUAGCGGCAUUGAUCAAAGGUCAAUCUUCGCUAUCAUCAGCUGUCAGAUCUUGGAGUGCUUAUGAAGAUUUGGAUGACAUAAUGGAAGAUGAGGACGAUAUCAGAAAGUAUGAAUUUGUCGGUGUGUUGACUGGACUGGUUCUGAGUGGUCAUACAAACGUCAGGAUCGCCGCGGCAAGCUGUCUGACAAAUAUCAUCAAAGCUGAUAAAGGGUCAAGAACGUCUGAUCGUAUAAGAUCUACUGUGAUAAACUACCAAUUGUUAGACGAGAUCAUCAAGCUGCUUCAAACCGAAGGAAUCGAAGAGAGAAUCAAGUUAUGUUUUAUCCUCGCCGCCCUUGUGUCCGAUGAUGCAGCAUUGCAGAAAGUCGCUGCCGAUAAAGACUGUCCAACACGUCUAAUAAAUAUCUUCAUUUCGAUCAAUCAGGACGAAGAAAAGGGAACACUCAGUAACGACCUGGCUUCAAAGAGUAAAGAGGCAACGCUGUUGGCCCUCGCUUCUCUGGCAAUGCAACAUGAGCCCACACGAUCGUUGAUUUCCGAGUCUUCUCCACCCGUUUUGCCACUUUUGUUAAUCGCAUUAUCGUCCCCUUCAUACGGUGUGAGAGCAGCAGCAUGUCAACUGGCUCGAGCGUUAUCACGUACCAUAGCUAUCUUGAAGACAAGCUUGGUGGAUAGUGGAGUUGGCGAAGAAAUCGUCAAACUACUCAAAAGGGAAGUAGAAGCAAACAAGGUGUAUGAACUCGAAGAGACCACCAUAAAUCUCAGUGAUAGGAUCUGGACUGUCGAGAUAGCUGCUACAGCAACUAUAUGUAAUCUAAUAGCUGAUUUUUCGCCACUAAAGACGGUACUCUUGAGAGAGAAUGGAUUGGAAUUACUUUGUGAUUUGACGAAUUCCCCUUAUGAACCACUUGCCGUGAAUGCUCUCUGGGCUAUUAAGAAUCUGACGUAUCACGCCAUGGAAAGCACAAAGGGUAUGGUCACUACUGCUUUGGGCUGGGACAGGUUGAAAGGGCUCCUGUCCGCUGCCACAAUUCAAUCACUCCGUAUUCAAGCCUUCGAGAUACUUCAAAACCUCUUGGCGGAUUCGACUGCUGUUGAAAUAAGUAGAACAGUAGAAUCAUUUGGCGAAGAUGGGUUGUUUGAUUUAAUUAUUCAAGCUUCUAGAGAAGGUGAAGAUAUCGACUUGAGGAUGCCAGCUAUAUACGUGUUGUCAAACUUGGCAUUGGGCAAUGAGAAAAUAAGAAGCUGUCUAGUCUCAAAAGUCGAAAUAUUGGAAAUCAUCUCAAACGCUCUUAACUCCCCUUCCGAUUCGUUGAAAAUACCAUCACUUCGCACAUUGAGACAUCUUAUCGAAUCAAAUGCCAAAACGCAUAGACCAAGACAACAAAUGAUUGAUAUCUUUCAACCGUAUCAAUUGAAACCCCGUCUAAAGGAUUUAGUCGAUGGAAGCACAAGUUUAGAUGUCACCCAACAGGCGACCGGGUUAUUAGAUGUUUUGGAACGGGAGAGAAGUAACGGCGCUACUAGCUCGGGAGGUAGAUGA